UUGUUUCUUGAUGACUUAUGAAAUCAUUAGCUUCCAUUUGACACAUUCUGAUUUUUAGGGAAUUAAUUUCUUCCUUGAGUUUUUUAUUUCCUUUUACAUUUUGGCUAACUUUUACUAUUUUAAGGAAUUGUUUUGGAGCAGCUAGGUGGUUUGGUAGAGAGCUAGGCCUGGAGUUGGGAGGACCUGGGUUCACAUCAAACCUCAGACACUUCCUAACUGUGUAAUUCUGGGCAAGUCACUUAACCCAUUUGCCUCCUAGCACUUAUACCUCUAAUGCCUUGCAACUGAUACAUAAUAAGACAUAAGGUAAUGUGUUUUUUUAAGGAUUUGUUUUCUUCAGGUUUUUGUUGUUGUUGUUUUGCCUCCAUAUCUAUUUGGUUUACUCUAGUCUUUGGGGAGUUGUUUCUUUCAUUGAAUUUUCCCCCCAAGCUGUUGCCUCUUUCUACCAAUGUCUUCUUAUUUGGUUUUUAAACUUCUUUUUAAGUUCUUCAAGAGUUGUUUGGGGGUCUGACAUCCUUUCCCUCUUGCCUUUAAGGCUUCACAUAUUUCUAUUUUGACAUAGCUGUCCUCUUCUGAAUUUGUAUUCUGAUCUUCCCUGUCACUAAAGUAAUUUUCCAAGAUCAAGAUCUUCUAUGUCUUUUGAUUAUUUUUCCAGUUUUCCUCCUCAUUACCUUGAGAAGGAGCACUGUCCCAAGUUUGCUGUGUAGUCCACUCUGGUGUUUUAGUAGUUCUGGCUGUGUUUGGGUCCCACCUUAUGCAUUUUGUGGGGAGAAGGAUGGUUGGCCUGGCUGGUUUGCUAUGGGAAGGCUUGCAGCUGUUUUGUCCAGCUGUACUCCACUUUCCCUGCUGCUAGUUCCCCUGAUGCCUUAUGUGGUAGUCUGGUCCUCACUUUGUCCCUUCCCUCAAUGUCAUACUCACUGGGUUAUUCUCCCUUCUCCCUCCCAUGGAAAAAGCCCCUCUUGCUUUCCCUAGUUUUUCAGCAUUUUAAAGUGUGUGUGUGUGUGUGUGUGUGUGUGUGUGUGUGUGUGUGUGUGUGUAUUUGGAGAUGGGUUUGGAUGAGCUCAGAAUAUUCCUUAUACUCUGCCAUCUUAGCUCCCAGAACCUAACUUUUCUUCAUGUAUCAAGGUCAAAAUUACCAGAAAUAAAUACAUAGGUUUUCUUCACAAUUUGCUAUCAUCUCUAUUCUCUCUUUUCCCUUUUAAAAUGCAAGCCUUCUCCAGCUGAUUUUGUCUAGCAAGAAUUUAAGUAUCUCUUUACCUGGGAAGCUCUGCUAGAAUGUGACGCAUUAUUUCUUGGAUGAUUUAGUAUUCAUUUGCUCUCUCAAAAUCCUUAUAGUUUUAUCUACUAACUCUAGAAAUAUUUGGUUACAUUGUGUAAAAAUAUCAGUAAUUCCAUCAUAUUACAUAAACUGGUAUUUUUUUACUAAUCCACAACAGCAACAAUGAUACCAUUCGAUGUGUUGAAAUCUUCAUUAUUAGUUUUAUUUUCUUACAAUAGAAAACUGCUUACUUAUAUUUAGUCUUUUGAAAUGUUACUAUACUAAUAAAUGGUCAGGGAAGAAUUAGUUCAUUGAACAAACCAUUAUUGUUUUCCCGUGGUAUAUAAAUCCUUAUUAUAGGCUAUUAUAGGCAUUGUGUGGGAGAGUUGGGAGGGGAAUGAGAAUGAGUUGUGUGGAAGAGAGAAAUUAUAAGGCAUGCAAAAGGACAGAAGCAGUGGCUGAGAGGUGACCUGACUGUCAAUCAAAUGAAGAUCCUGAUUUGGAAUGUUACUGGGAAAGGCAGUUUGGAGUCAAACCAACUGCUGACUGAAUUCUGGACUGAUGGUGAUUGCCUUUGAAUCAGGGUCCUGACUGAUUUCCUGGUUUCCUUUGAAUCAGGGAAGGAAGAAGCUGAGUUUAUCUCUGGGGUUUGGGAUAAUUAAGCUAGAGGUGGCCUGGUGACUUUGAAGGCAGAAGAAGAAGGAGGACAAUAGUCUAUAUAUCUCUCUCUGACUUGCUCUGUUGGUGAUAGUGACUGAAAUACUAGACCUAUCAACCAUUUCUCUCUAUAUCCUCCCAUCUAAGGCUAACUAUAGAAUUAGUUUUGCCUACCCUCUUACCUCCAUCCUCCAUAUUUUCCUUCUUCCCCAAAUAAACCCUUACUUAAGAUAAAAGAAGAUAGAGUAUUUUCAUUUGAAACAUCAUUAACUUACCCUGACUGAUUUAGAAACCAGAAGAAGAAUAACAGGGGAAGGGGAAGCUGAAGGGAAGAAGGGAGGCUAGAAGAGGCAGGAAGGGAGGUAUAGAGGAAGGAGGGUAGGCAAAAGAAGAUAACUACCUGAUUUAUUAGUCAUCAUUUUCCCCCUCCCCCCACAAUAUUAUCUAUUACAAUUGUCAAUAAGUACAAAAAUACACAAGAUGAUGUUAUGGAAACAUGGUCUUGCGAAGAUGAAGAGUUGUGACCUAAAUAAUAACACAUUUAAAUGGAUUCAGAAUUUGUUAGAUUCAUAAGAUAGUUGUUAAUAGUUCAAUGAGUACAUGACAGAUAUCAGUUGAUCAAUCAACAAGCCUUUUUUAGGCACUUAUAAUGUGCCAAACAUUGUACUAAAUAGUGAAGACACAAAGAAAAAUGCAAAAAUAUUACCAGCAUCAGAGGAACUUACAUUCUAAUGGAGUAGGCAGCUUGUACCUAAAUAGAGAAAGAGAGAUGUUUGCAAGCCAACAACAAAGAAUUCAAUGAAAAAUUUGAAUAUGAGCACAAUGCCAUCAAGACAGCAAAAUACAAUUUCUUCACAUUUCUGCCCUUGAAUCUAUUUGAACAGUUCCAGAGAGUAGCAAAUGCAUAUUUCCUCUUCUUGCUUCUCCUACAGCUUAUUCCACAAAUAUCAUCUUUGGUUUGGUAUACCACAGUGAUCCCCCUGGCAUUAGUGCUCUCCAUGACAGGAGUGAAAGAUGCUAUUGAUGACAUGUUUCGGCACAAAAAUGACAAACAAGUCAACAAUCGACCUAUCCUGGUGAUAGUGAAUGGCAUGGUGAAGGAAGAAAAGUGGUUGAACAUUCGAGUAGGAGAUAUAAUAAAACUACAAAAUAACAGUUUCGUCCCGGCAGAUGUGCUAUUACUCUCCAGUAGUGAGCCCUACAGUCUGACAUACAUAGAAACUGCAGAACUAGAUGGAGAAACCAACUUGAAAGUGAAGCAGGCCCUAGUUGUCACCAGCAACUUGGAAGACAACCUGGAGAAACUCAGCAACUUUAAAGGUGAAGUCAGAUGUGAUCCUCCCAAUAACAAGCUGGACAAAUUCACAGGGGUAUUGAUCCAUGAGGGUGAGACUUAUGCCUUGGACAAUGAGAAGAUAUUACUAAGAGGUUGCACCAUUCGGAACACAGACUGGUGCUACGGCCUUGUGAUUUAUGCUGGUCAGGAUACUAAAUUAAUGCAGAACAGUGGAAAGACUACCUUUAAACGGACAAGCAUAGAUCAUCUCAUGAAUGUCCUUGUGAUCUGGAUUUUUGUAUUCUUAAUUGGCAUGUGUUCCUUCCUGACCAUUGGGCAUGGAAUUUGGGAGAACCAGAAGGGUUAUUUCUUCCAGAUCUAUCUACCUUUUGAAGAGGAAAUCAGCUCCUCAGCUCUUUGUAUCUUCCUCAUAUUCUGGUCAUAUGUCAUCAUUCUCAACACUGUGGUGCCAAUUUCCCUCUAUGUCAGUGUAGAGAUAAUACGAUUGGGCAACAGCUUUUACAUCAACUGGGAUCGAAAAAUGUUUUACAUCCCCAAAAACACACCAGCCCAGGCCCGUACCACAACUCUGAAUGAGGAACUAGGCCAGAUCCAAUAUGUGUUCUCUGACAAGACGGGGACACUGACUCAGAAUAUCAUGACUUUCUACAAGUGCUCCAUUAACGGGCGAUUAUAUGGUGAUAUCUACAGUAUGACUGGACAAAAGGUGGAAAUCACACAGGACACAGAGAAGGUUGAUUUCUCCUACAACAAUCUGGCUGACCCCAAGUUUUCGUUUUAUGACAAGACUUUGGCAGAAGCAGUAAAAAAAGGAAAUCCUAUGGUCCACCUUUUUUUCCUCUGCCUCUCACUCUGUCACACAGUAAUGUCAGAAGAGAAGGUGGAAGGAGAACUAGUGUAUCAGGCACAGUCUCCUGAUGAAGAGGCCCUUGUCACUGCUGCCAGGAAUUUUGGCUUUGUGUUUCACUCUCGAACAUCUGAAACAAUCACUGUAAUGGAAAUGGGGGUCACAAAAGUUUAUGAUCUCCUAGCUAUCUUGGACUUCAACAAUGUACGCAAGCGAAUGUCUGUAAUUGUGAAGACCCCCGAAGGUAAGGUGAUAUUGUUCUGCAAAGGAGCUGACACCAUCAUCUGGGAAUUGCUCCACUCAUCUUGCAAACCCCUCCAAGAUAUAACCAUGGAACAUUUGGACGAUUUUGCUGGUGAUGGCUUGCGUACCCUUGCUGUGGCCUACCGAGAGCUAGAUGAAGAAUCUUUCCAAAAGUGGAUCCAGAAACACCAUAGAGCCUCCACUGCUGUGGAAGAUCGGGAGGAAAAGUUAGGACUAAUCUAUGAAGAGAUUGAAAAAGACAUGAUGCUGAUAGGAGCCACAGCCAUUGAAGACAAACUACAGGAUGGAGUGCCUGAGACAAUAGUCACUCUGAUGAAAGCAAAUAUUAUCAUAUGGGUUUUGACUGGAGACAAACAAGAGACUGCUGUGAGCAUUGGCUAUUCCUGCAAUAUGCUAACUGAUGAUAUGGAUGACAUGUUCGUUAUAGAUGCCAAGGAGAGUAGCAUGGUCCUGAAGCAGCUCAGGUCAGCAAGAAGGGUGAUGAAACCUGACUCUUUUUUGAGGACAGACCCAGUAACUAAACUCAUCUCCCAAUCAGAAAAAAAGAACUUCAUCUUGCCUGAAGAAGUGCCCAAUGGUAGCUACGGCCUAAUCAUCGAUGGCCACAGUCUGGCUUAUGCCCUGGAGGAAGACAUGGAGUUGGAGCUACUAAGGACAGCUUGCAUGUGCAAAUCCGUGAUCUGCUGCCGUGUGACACCUCUACAGAAGGCCCAAAUGGUGGAACUAGUGAAGAAAUACAAGAACAUGGUGACACUAGCCAUCGGUGAUGGAGCCAAUGAUAUCAGUAUGAUCAAAGCUGCCCACAUUGGGGUGGGCAUCAGUGGCCAGGAGGGAAUGCAAGCCGUGCUUGCCAGUGACUUCUCCUUUGCCCAGUUCCGGUUUCUGCAGCGCCUGCUCUUGGUCCAUGGUCGUUGGUCCUAUAUCCGGAUGUGCAAAUUCCUCUGCUAUUUCUUCUAUAAGAACUUUGCCUUUACACUAGUGCACUUCUGGUACGCCUUCUUCUCCGGCUUCUCUGCAGAGACGGUUUUUGAUGAAUGGUUCAUAGCUUUCUACAACUUGUUCUACACAUCCCUCCCUGUCCUGGCUUUGAGCCUCUUUGACCAGGAUGUGAAUGACUUAUGGAGCCUCCGAUUCCCUGAGCUAUACUACCCUGGCCAAAACAACCUCUACUUCAACAAGAAGGAAUUUGUGAAGUAUUUAAUAUAUGCCAUCUACACCUCCUUUGUGUUGUUCUUCAUCCCCUUCGGGACUACUUACAACUCAGUACGAAGUAAUGGGAAGGACUUCUCUGACUACCAGUCUUUUACACUGAUAAUCCAGACCUCCCUUCUCGUGGUGGUGACUGUGCAGGUGGGUCUGGAGACAACCUACUGGACAGCUGUGAACCAAUUCUUCAUUUGGGGUAGCCUGGCUAUGUACUUCAGCAUCAUGUUCCUCCUUUACAGUGAUGGCCUGUUUCUGCUCUUCCCUCAGACAUUCCAGUUCAUGGGCACAGCUCGGAACACCUUCAUCCUGCCUCAGGUGUGGCUGAUAAUUGCACUCACUGUGGCCAUUUGUUUGCUGCCCUUGAUCGUACUUAGAUUCCUCAAGAUGGACCUUCUACCAACCCAAACUAACAAGAUUCUCGCUAAGAUCCGUGAAUGCAUGAAGAAUCCAGUGCCACCCCCAGCCCGGACGAAAUUGAGACGCACAAGCUCCCGACGUUCAGCUUAUGCCUUUGCCCACCAACAUGGAUUUGGGGCACUUAUCACUUCAGGAAAGAACAUGAAAUCAAGAUAACCUAUAACUUUGGUGACAACUUUUCAUAAAUGAAAGACCCUGUGGGUAACCAGGACCCCCACCUCUCUAUCCAUGAAUCUGAUUGAGGGGGAGGGGGUCAAUCUCUAGGAAAUCUGCCAACUGAAGAAUUCCCUUUCCUUUCAGCCCCUUUACUUCUCAUCAGCUAGGGAAGAGAACUCUGCACCAUCCAGCCCAAUUAUCAGAGAUAACAUGUUCCAAACUGGAGCAGCCCAAUGAAUCUUUACUACCACCCUUAAAAAAACCCAGUCCAGGGAGAGGCAUUGAAUUAUUAAGGAGGGUCAAUUAUUAGACCAAGUCAGAGCAUGUUGAUGCUAUCUAUCCCUAGCCAAGCAAAGAACUUUAGGAAGAAAGCUGAAAAGUCUUAGUAUGGGACUUCUGAGAAGAAAGGGUUCCAUAGUGAAGCAAUUUUAAAAUCUAUUUCUUGGGAGAGAUGAGAGGUCAAUCUUAGUUGUUCGUCAUUGUCUUCAGUAAAAUUAUUUUGACAGGAAAUUAUAUUCACUUGAGUGAUUGGUUAUUGUUUAAAUUCUCUAUCUGAGAGUGGACAUUUCUAUGUUGCUUGGUGGAGCCAGAAUAAUUUAGUGGGAAAUAAAUUAGAUUUUUGUCCCACAGCUCUACCUCAUCCCUAGAACCAGUUUCUCCCUGCCACUCCUCCUGUCCUCCCUCUCUCUCAAGGUUCACAAUAUUUUUCAUCUGACAACCACUCCCUUUUUCUUGAGGCCCCAGGGGCUAACAAGCCAACUCUCUUCCAACUACCAUACUGUCUUCAACCCCUAUUCUUGCCCCUUUCAAAAAGUAAAAAGCAGUAUCCCCACCUCUAUGGUCCUCAUCUCCUAGGCCUAGGAAAACAUGCAUAAUCCUGUGACAUUUUCUAAAGGUUUUUACAAGUAACUCCUAGGAAACUGAUAGGAUAAAAUGGAAAAACAGAAAAUUCUAUUGAGAAAACAUCUUUUAAAAAGCUUACAAUUUCUUUGCCCCAAGGAUUCACCGAUGAACAAUGAGAGCUCCUUCAAUCAUCAUCUUCCUUUUUUUGUCUUCCAGGAGGCAGCCAUGUCCAGCUUAUCUCUCCCUCUUUUAUUUCUUAGGGUUUUCUGAACCAUUUCUCCAAGGUCUUCCUCCUCUCCUGGUCCCCAUUUCACUUGGUGAGAUACCUCCCAAGAGGGGAUCUCUUGAUAUAUAAAAGACUCAAGAAGACUUCCAGACUAUUAUUAUCUCAGUAUCUUCUAGCUCCACAUAAGAAAAUCAUGAUGGGGCAUUCCUUGAUACUGCCUCUAAUUCCUUCAGGUUAUGUCUGAGGUAUCCACUGACCCAUUCCAUUAAUCUUAUGUUCCUUGUGUUCAUCUUUUUUCAUACAAAUAUCUUCCUAUUUUUCUAACUCAUCUUUAUUGAGUCUCUGCCUCUUUCUCUUCUCUGUCAAACCUGCGCUGACUUCCCACCCUGAGAGAGGGAAGUGGUUAGAUCCUAUAGCAAAAGCAAAAAAAGAUACACACAAAGCCUUUGGUAUUAAUAUUCUCUCCAUAAAUGAAAGACCUUGGGAUCUUUCUAUUAGUUAAAUCACUUAAGUGGGAAGCUAGGGCAGAGUCAUAAGGUGAGGCACAGGCUGAAACAAGAAAAAACUUCUGGAAGGAAAGGCUAAGCAAUGGACUGUAUGGAAGCCCAUAUUCUCAACGCUGCAGGCCUGAGAGCCUUCCUCUAUGUGGGGCACAGACAGAAGAAAUAAUUUCAUCUAGCAAUUCAUAUAUCUUGGGCAAGCAAGCUUUAGAAAAAGAAAGAGAGAGGAAGAAAAUAGAGUACGAAGCAGGAGAAGUAACCUUUCUGAGAGCCAGAGCAUGAACAAUCAAAGGUAGCGAGUGAAGGAAGUUAAGCCUAACACUACUAAGUGCAGCUUUGGGGUCUAUGUAGGGAAGAAUCUCAUCUAGUGUGUGGUGGAGUGAAGAAAUAUUUCAAGGUUAGAGCCAGUUACUGUGGGGUAAGGAAUCCCCAAAAUGAACAGAAUUGCUGCAUGGCAACCCUUUCAUCUCUUACUGAUUCUCUUAUGCACUACAGUAGCUGUGCCAUAAACCUCUUCUUUCCCAAAGUAUUCUUCCACUUCUCUAAUCUUUCAUUGUCCUCCAUGCACUUCUGCUUCAUUUCAUUCUUUAGCUCAUCUAUUAAUCUUUUCCUACAUAUCCUAUCUUCCUGUGUCACCUUGUUCCAUCAUCUUUUUUAUACAUCUUCAAUUUAUCCUCUUCUAUGUCCUUUGUCUCAGCCUACAACAAUGAUAACAGUGAAUAACAGUAACUCCCUUACCUAGUCCUUUCUUCACAAAAACUCUAUGAAAUAGAAAUUAAAUACAUAAGCCUUACACCUUUGCCACCUCCUCAAGCUACUGCCAAACUGCUACUUCACUUACCUUCACUUCACUGCCUCCCCUUACCACUCACAUUCACUAUCAACUCCCUCACAGUUUGGUUUUCAUUUUCAGCUCCAUAAUGAAACAGUUCUCUCUAACAUCAUUAAUAACCUCCUUAUCACUAACUGGGUUUUUCUGUCCUGAUUCUUUUGGACCUCUCUGUAGCAUCUAACAAUGUGAUCCCCUCUCCUUACUUGGCUUCUGUAACCAAGCCCUCCUAUGAUUUUUCUCCCUCCUCUCUGGCUACUCCUUCUCUUGACUAUUUUUGCUGGGCCUUUCCAUCCUACAAGCCCUUGAACUAUCUAUCAAUGUAAGUAAUAUCAGAUGGUAAACUAUGUUCUAAUCCCUUUUCAUUCUCCAUCCUCUUUCCCUGGGUGGUCUCAUUGAUGCUCUUCAAUUUAAUUAUCAUUUCUAUGCAAAUAACUCCCUAAUCUUUAUUUCUACUCUCAAACUCUUCUCAAAAUCCUGUAUUUCCAGCUACCUAAUGAAUAUUUCCUCCUGAAUGUCUUGAUGGUAUCUCAAAUUCAACAUUUCUAAAACUAAAAACAUCAUGUUCUGCCCAAAUAUAACCCUUCUCCUAACUUUUCCAUUUCUGUUAAUGGCUACAUCACAUUUACAAUUUUCAGGUUCAUAAACUUGGAGUUAUCAAACAUACAAUCAGGAAUUAAGUCCUGAUACUUCUAGGCUCACCUCUCUAUUCCCCCCUGCAAACAGUUUAACUUAGGAUCUCAUGUCACCUAGAAAAAUGUUUUUGCCCCUAAUCUAUCACUCUUCCAUCCUUCAUACCCCUACCUAAAUAGUCUUUCUAAUUCAUUACUAUGAUCAUGUCACUCCUCUGUUCAAAAAUCUUUAGCAGCUCCCCUUUUUCCUAUUAAAUAAAGUAUAAAUUCCUGACCUUGGCACACAGAGUCAUGCAGAUUGUUCCAUCCUAUCUGACCACACUUAUCUCAUAUUAUUUCCCAUCACACAUACUGUAUUCUAACUUAACUGAACCAUUAUCUCUCCCAACUCUAUACAUUUGUUUAUUCUACACCCCAUAUCUGGAGUGAAUCUUCUCUCAACUUUAUCUGUUGAAAUCCUUCCCUUACUAGAAGGCCCAACUCAGAUACUAAAUUAUCUAUGAAAUUUCCCCUAAAUACACCCAAUGUAAAAAUGUUUUCUCCCUCCUCAAAUUUCUGCUUUGCCCAGAUCUCUCUUCUUUGUACUUCUUUCACUGUACCUUGUAUGAGUUAAUUGUGUAUUUGUACCACAUACCACCCCUCCUUGUGAGACUGUAAGUUCUUUGAUAACAGGACCUGUGUCAGUCAUAAAACUUUGUAUUUCUAGCACCUAGCAAAGUGCCUUUCACAUUAUAAGUACUUAAUAAAAGUUGGCUGAAUUGAAU